CUGUAGGCAGCGGAUAAAAUGACUCUGAAACUCCAAGCACGAGCAAUGCUAGCAUCCCCACAGCCUCCACAUAGUACCCCUUGCCCAGCUGCCAGGCCAGUACUGGCCAGCCGGGUCGACCCGCUCAAGCUUCGAGUACUGGCUCCGCCCUCUCCCGUGACGUAAGAUCACGUGACGGGCAGGGCCGCCUCUGCCGCCGCCGCCGCUUUGUAAGAGGCACAUUGGCAGGUAACGAGCGGCGGCGGCGGCGGCGGGUCCCGAGUCCAGCGAGAGCAGCAGCGAUUUUGUAUUUUGUACAUACAUUAUUUUGUAUAUUCUGUAUAUGAUGACUUCGGUGAGCAAUGAUCGUUGCCGAGGUGCUCGGGAAAAACCACAGAUGCCAACAACACACGCAGCACAGCCCCAGAAACAAGUGGUGCAGCUGUACAGACCUCUUGACACUUCUUGAGCUCAGCCUGGCAACGGCUGAACAGAUGCGGCUCGCGCAGGUGAUCUUUGAUAAGAAUGAUUCAGAUUUCGAAGCUAAAGUUAAACAGCUUAUGGAAGUGACCGGAAAAAAUCAGGAUGAAUGCAUAGUGGCUCUACAUGACUGUAAUGGAGAUGUGAACAAAGCUAUCAAUAUACUGCUGGAAGGAGAUUCCGACACGACGUCAUGGGAGACUGUCGGGGGAAAGAAGAAGAAUUUUGGAAAAGAAAGCUCAGAAAACAAAGAAAACAGAGAGAAGAGGACGGAGAGAGAAACGAAUCGUGGACGGGGAAACAACAACCGGAAAGGAAGAGGUGGCCCCCGAGGCAGAGAGUUCAAAGGUGAAGAGAAUGGAAUUGAUUGCAACCAAGGAGACAAACCUUCAGAGCGGGGCAAGCGGGCCCGAGGCAGAGGAUUUGGACGUGGCAGAGGCAGAGGGGCAGGAAGGUUCUCUGCUCAAAGCAUGGGGACAUUCAACCCUGCAGACUAUUCAGAGUCUGCUUCUACAGAUGGCUGUGGGACAAAGUUGGUAGUUUGGGAAGCUGCCCAGAAUGGUACAGAUGAAGGUCCUGAAGGGAUAGCAAAGCCUCACAGUAUAUCUCAGGAGCUGCCAAGUAAAAGUUCUUAUGGACUCAAAGGUGCCUGGAAAAAUUCUGUGGAAGAGUGGCCAACAGAAGACUGGACUGAAGAUCUUUCUGAAACCAAAGUUUUCACUGCUUCAUCUGUUCCAGCAGAGAACCACAUCUCACCUGGGCAAAGCAUUGACCUGGUGGCCUUGCUGCAGAAGCCUGUCCCUCCCACUCAAGCCGCAGAAGCCAACUCCUUUGAAGCAUCCCAGCAGCAGGGCUUUGGGCAAGCGCUCGUCUUCACAAAUUCUCAACACAACAAUCAGACGACACCAGGGACUGGUGGUUCCACUUCCGCCAACGCCUAUCCGCCUCAGAGCUUGUCAUCCGUCCUGGGCUCGGGAUUUGGAGAGCUGGCCCCCUCAAAGAUGGUGAAUAUCUCCAGCUCCCAGAUUUUAGACAAGUUGAAAGCACCCAGUUUGAGCCCGUUCGCGGCCACGUCAAGUGCACAGCAGAACAGUACAAGUCCUCCGGCCACUACUGCUUCUUGGGACCUCAAGCCUUCAGCAGCCCAGUCCUCAGUCCUCAAUCAUUUUGACUUCAAAUCUCAGCCUGAGCCGUCCCCAGUCCUUAGCCAGCUGAGCCAGCGACAGCAACAGCAACAGCAGAGCCCGGCAGUCAGUGUUCCUCCUCCUGGUUUGGAGUCCUUUUCUGCCCAGGCCAAACCCCGAGGAGAGUCAGCACCUGGAGAUGGUCCUGCUACUGUCAACAGACUUUUGCAGCUUCCCAAUAUGGCUGUUGAAAACAUUGUAUCUGCCCACCAACCGCAGCCCAAACACAUCAAACUCCCUAAGCGCCGGAUACCUCCAGCUUCUAAGGUUCCCGCUUCAGCAGUGGAAAUGCCUGGUUCUGCAGAUGUCACAGGAUUAAAUGUUCAGUUUGGGGCCCUGGAAUUUGGAUCAGAACCAUCGCUGUCUGAGUUUGGAUCAACAGCUUCAGCCAGUGAAAAUAGUAAUGCGAUUCCUAUCAGCUUGUACCCGAAGUCUUUAAGUGACCCUUUGAAUGCCUCUUUACCAAUGACCAGUGCUGUACAGAACUCCACCUACACAACUUCAGUCAUUACCUCCUCCAGUCUGACCAGCUCGUCCUUGAGCUCCACUAGUCCAGUGACGACGUCUUCCUCUUAUGACCAGAGUUCUGUGCAUACCAGGAUUGCAUACCAAAGCUCUGCCAACCCACCAGAUUCAGCUCCAGGCUCUGUUGCUAACGGACAUGGUGGUGGCCGAAGUCAGCACACAGUAGACACUACUACAUCCCUGCCAGCUCCAAAGACGGCGGCGGCGACAGAGGCUCCUCCAGGCCUCCCGUCUGCGGGCUCUCUUCCCAGCACCACCUCGUGCACUGCUCUAAUGCCCUCCUCGUCCCAGCACACUGCCACUUUGCCCUCCUUGUCCCAGUCUGGGGACCUGUCCAGCAGCCCCCUUUCUCAGCUUAGCAGCUCCCUCUCCAGCCACCAGAACAGCUUGUCCUCUGCACACGCAGCGCGUCCCGCAAGCACGCCACACACUCAUGCCAGUGUGGAGAGCACUCCGUCAUCAGCCACCUUCUCAACAGCAGCAACCUCUGCCCCAAGUGCCCCAUCCUCAGGGGUCGUCUUGCCUGGAAGCAGCCUGUGCCUGGGUGGGACCACUGUGAGCGUGCCCAGCAAUAGUACCAGGGCCACAGCCUUGGUGACCUCAGGCAAAGCGCCCCCAAACCUGCCUCAAGGGGUGCCUCCUCUGCUACACAAUCAGUACCUCGUGGGCCCUGGAGGACUGCUUCCUGCUUACCCGAUCUACAGCUAUGAUGAGCUCCAGAUGCUGCAGUCUCGGCUGCCAAUGGAUUACUAUGGAAUUCCCUUUGCAGCACCCACAGCCCUUGCCAGCCGAGAUGGGAGUUUAGCUAAUAAUCCGUAUUCAGGUGAUGUCACUAAGUUUGGCCGAGGAGACUCUGCAUCCCCUGCUCCUCCAACAACACCAGCUCAGGCACAGCAGGGCCAGUCUCAGACCCACCACACAGCACAGCAGCCCUUUCUGAAUCCUGCUCUGCCACCUGGCUACAGCUAUACCGGCCUCCCCUACUACACAGGCGUGCCCAGUGCCUUCCAGUAUGGGCCCACUAUGUUUGUCCCGCCAACCUCGGCGAAGCAGCAUGGCGUGACCCUCAGCACUCCCCCUACCCCGUUUCAGCAGGCCAGUGGCUAUGGGCAGCAUACUUACAGCACAGGUUAUGACGAUUUGACCCAGGGGACAGCAGCAGGAGACUACACCAAGGGCGGCUAUGGGGGAUCAUCCCAGGCACCCAACAAGUCGGCUGGAUCCGGGCCUGCUAAAGGAGUAUCAGUGUCUUCAGGCACCACUGGCCUACCGGAUAUGACUGGUUCUGUCUACAACAAGACACAGACGUUUGACAAGCAGGGAUUUCACGCAGGGACACCCCCGCCUUUCAGCCUGCCCUCUGCCCUGGGCUCCACUGGGCCCCUGGCCCCUGGCGCGGCCCCCGGCUAUGCACCUGCACCCUUCCUGCACAUCAUGCCGGCCCACCAGCAGCCUCACUCCCAGCUGCUGCACCACCACCUCCCGCAGGAUGCCCCCCCGAGUGGCUCUGGUCAGCGCAGCCAGCCCAGCUCCCUGCAGCCCAAGUCUCAAGCCUCCAAACCCACCUAUGGCAACUCUCCGUACUGGACAAACUAGACCCUGAGAAAAAGAGGGUGGGCACUUGGGCAGGAGAGCACACAUGGAGCACAUUUCUGGGAACCCGGUGCCCUUUCCUAGAAUUCUGAGACGUAACUGUCAGCUGAGCCUCUGUGGGAAGCCUGCCUCCCAGACCCACUAUUGUAUGUAAUGUAUUUAUGUAUGUAUUUGUAAAUGUGAUAGAAGCCUGGAGGAGCUGGGGUGUGGCUACCAGGUAGCAUAAAAGUGUGCUCUCCCCAUCUGGACACCCUCGAUGUAGCCAAGGAAGCAAGCCCCACCCCCGCCUCUCUGCCUUCAGGCCUUGCACGUGGUUCCCAGCUCAGCUCAGCGGGCUGCUUGUGUGCCAUUGAAGGACUGGUGGUGGGGGGUUGGGGUCAGGUACCAAUGAAGAAUCACGACUUUUCUUUAUCUCAUUCCCUGUGAACCAUUACGUUUCUCUCCUCUGUAAUGCUUCAUACUUGGUUUUGAGCAACUGAUCCUCUUGUCACUUGUCAUGGCCCCCCUCCAACAAAUCUGAAUCUGGGAAUAGCAGAGAUGACCCUAUCCAGCAUACACCUGUCUGCCUGCGCAGCAAGGCCUUCUGCUUCUGGUCUGCUGCCCCAGGGGCUUGCCUUUGACCAACCAUCCAAAAAAGAAUCCCAACUGGGUCUCAGAGAUGUUCAGCCAGUCAGCUCCCGUGUAAAGAAAUCCAAGAUCUGCUUCUAUCUCAGUGAAAGCCUGUCUCCAAACAAAGGCUCCUCUGUCUAUACCAGUUGUCCUGAACCAGAAAGGCAACUGUUCAGGGUUUUCUCUCACCCAAACUCCACCUAAUAAAGUUCUGAGAGCA